UAUAGAUUUCUUUCGGCUAAUUAGAGUUAAAUUUUAGAAUAAGUAAAAAUAAAAACUCAAGAAAAACAGUAUUAAUGAGUAUAAUAGUACUCGUUUAAAUGCACUAUUUAGAGCACAUUCAAUGCAUCAAAUAAAUGUUCGAAAGAUAAAUGGUCCAUUUCUGCUUUUAUAGCGUAUAUUGCGACAACGUACAAGAAUGCUAACUGUCAACAAUGGAAAACAACAUUCAUUUGACAUUACAGUUGAAUGACAGAAGAAAAACAAUUGUAAGCAUAAGAAACAUAAACAGUUCUAUCGACGGUCUUUCUGCAUUCUCUUUUUCUAGUUGAAUAAUAAUAGUUUGAAACCAAAAACCAAAUAGAAAAAAUUGCAAAAUGUCUGAUCGAUUAACGCAAUUGCAGGAUACAGUUAAUUUGCAAGCUGAACACUUUUGUAACAGCAUUGGUAUCCUGCAACAGUGUUCGGUUCCGAGUAAAUUCCCGGCAUUUGAACGGAAUGGUGCCCAACAAUCAUCACAAAAUACCCAAGAAGACUAUGCGCAAUUGUUUUCAACACUUAUCUCAAGAUGUGCUAAGGAUAUCGAUACGCUGAUUGAAUCGUUGCCCAAUGAAGAUAGUUCACAAGAAUUACAAGCGCAAAGUUUUCAACGUUUGGAAAUGGAAAAUCAAGAAGCCGCAAAACGUUUAGAAGAAGCUAUCGACCGUGGUCAGAAAACACUGGAAAAAAUUCAGGCUGCUCUCAGCGAUAUCGCACAAGCCCAACUUGAUAUAUCAUCAUCAGUGCCGUCAGAAUGAAUAUGAUAACUUACAGAUAAACUUCAUCAUUUCAUCACCUCAAUCGACAUCUUAUCUAGAUAGAGCUAUAAAAAAUUGAAAUUACUCUGGGAUCCUACAUAAUUUUACUUAACUGCCGAUGAAAUUAAACCAUUAUUAUUGUUCCUUAUUUUGUUUAUAAAUUUUUAAUGUCUGUUUGAGGCAGAUAAUGUUUCGUACAUUCAGAAAUUCUGAAUUAGUAUAGAUUUUUUUAGGCUUUUUAUAAUGAAAAAAUUUAAAAUUAGUCAAAAUAAAAGAAAAUUCCAAAGAAAAA